GACAGUGCCUGUGUGAACUGUCCCUCUUUUUCCUGCUUCUUUCAGGCAUAAGCACCUCGCAAGACCAUGCACUAUUAUGGGGAGCGGUAUAAACACCUAUACCUGCCGGGAUCGAGCUACAUCACUGAAAGCCUCCAGCAGUGCAUGCCCCAGCCUGAUGCGUGCAGCACCACGUGCCACCCACUGAGCGUGAUCAAGAGCCCAAUGCCCAGAUGGCAAAGCUAUGUGCAACCUUUCACUUACGUCUGCUCACAGCCGACCGUGACCCAGAGCCAGCUGCUGUCUUGCCAGCCCUAUGUCCAGCCAUGCGUCCUGCUGUGCCCUGAGCCCUGUGAGACCACUCGCCUGCUACCCUGCAGGAAGCCCAGCGUGAAGCUGAGCACGACGCAGAGUUUCCAGACCUGUGAGAAUGGCCACUAUGAGAAGAAGCGGGUGGCCAAGAGCCUCCCACCCUGUGCACCCAGGUGCCCAGAGCCAGGCAAGCUGAGGUUCCCACCAUGUGGGAUCAAAUACUCGUCCUCCUGCAAGGAUGAGCGUGCAUCGCAGAAGAUAUCCAGAUGCUCAUCUCAGCGGUAUGGCACGGAGCUCCGGUCCCUGCAGGGGAUGACCGGUGGCUAUUCCCCACCACUGCGGGGGGUCACCGAGUGUCCCCCACAGCAGUACGUGACCCAGUGCUUCCAGCAGGAGUAUGUGAGCACAUUCCCUCACCAGAAGUGCAUGAAGGGGUACCCGACGCAGGAGUGCAUCACCACCUACACCUCGCAGCAGAAUGGAACCAAGAGCUUGCAGCAGCCACAGGUGCCUAAGUGUCCCCCCGGCACCGGAAUAAAGGAGAGCUCGUCGCAGCAACGUGUGACCAAGUGCUCACUGCUGCAGGAGGGGGUCAAGCACAAGAGCUCGUCCAUGCAGCACAUCAGCAAGUCCAAGUGCCUCCACUCGUGUGCCAACCAGCACUCGCCACGGCACCACUCAGGGGGGGUUAAGCGUUCGAGCCACACCAAGAAGAGCCGCUGUGCUUCAAAGUGGCUCUGGUGAAGGAGCUGAAAAUGUAUCCAUGAAAACUGCAAGAUAUAUAGCUGGGGCCUGAGGUUUAUUUUCCCCCGUUCCUAACUCCUGGAGAUGCUUUGCCCGCAUGUUCCCCUUAUUUUAAUCAAUGCUAAACUUGUAGGGUGCAUUGCCUUCCUUUCAUGGUUAUUCUUUAGUUAUUAAAUAACUCUAGUUACACACUUUAGUUACUCCUGCAACAGAAAAGAUGUUAGUGAGAAGUUAAGUAAAUCUGAGCAGGUGCUCAGGCUUUGAACUUUAAGCUGAUACAUCUCUGUGGUAAUGUUUGCACCCCCAAGAGGUUUUUACUGUUACUGGA